AAUUGUUUUUCCAGAAGCGGAGACAGAAAAAAAACGUGUUUUUGGGUUGCUUUAUUAGUAGCCUUACUGGUGUAGAAAAGGGUAAAUAGGCCAUUUGCAGUGCAGUGCCAAACAGUAGGAGAGCGUCUACCUUGAGCCAGGCAACGACACUUGACGCUACCCUACCGAGGACGUGCUCGAGCCAACACCACGCGACAAGAGUAGAUACAAGAUGGCGACCGUUUUAGUACCAGAGGAAUAAGUGCCGUGAAGGAUAGAUAAAGCCAUGCCGUGGGACAGCCCAGUUUCUGAGCUCGCCAUGGUGAUCUGAAGCCCCAGUGUGGACGUGUCACAUCCACACUCGCCUACCCACAGACACACACACGGACUGAGCCCCCAGCAAGUGUGUGCGAUGGACAGGUGUAAGCACGUGGGGCGGCUCAGGCUGGCCCCAGACCACUCCAUCCUCAACCCCCAGAAGUGGCACUGCGUGGACUGCAACACCACAGAGUCGGUGUGGGCCUGCCUGGGCUGUGCCCAUGUUGCGUGCGGCCGCUACAUCGAGGAACACGCCCUGCAGCACUUCCUGCAGCAUCACCACCCGUUGGCCAUAGAGGUCAACGAGCUCUAUGUCUUCUGCUACCUAUGUGACGACUACGUGCUCAACGACAACGCGACGGGAGACCUCAAGCUGCUGCGCUCCACGCUCAGCGCCAUCCAGAGCCAGCGCUACGAGGUCACCACCCGCUCAGGACGCAUCUUGAGAUCGGCUAGCGCUCCGCCCGACACCCCCCAGCCCUGCGGCUCCAGCGAACUGCAGCUGAGGGACGAGGACCGCAUGUUCACGGCGCUCUGGCACCGCCGCCGGGCACUGAUGGGUCGAGUGUUCCACACCUGGUUCAGCCUGACGGAAGGGGGGAAGAGGAGGGAGGAGGAGGAGAGGCAGAGAGAGGAGGAGGAGAGGAGGAGGAAGGAGUUGAGAGAGAGGAGGAAGACGUUGAAGAGGCAGCUACAGGAAGCGUUGGAGAGUGCCCCACCCAGGAAGAGUCACCGCCUGAGGAGAGCCAGCCAGAGAGCUGCUGCCGCCGCUGCUGUCACCCCCUGCUCCACACGAACACGCACCCACAGCACCACUUACACAUCCCAGACCCCCCUCGCCCCACAACCAAGAACCCAGAGCCCCGCCACUCACACCCCCAAGAGAAUGGGCCGCCCCCCUAAAACCCCUGCGCCCAAACCCUCUCGCUACUCAACCCCCUCUUCUUCCACCAAAGGCAAACCCAGAGCCGCCUCUGCCCAAGCCCGGACUGCCCCCUCCCCGGCCCCCCGCCGUGCCCCCCCCAAACAGGGCGACUCGCCCCUCAAACGGCGGCCCACUGUCACUCCGGGUGUCACGGGUCUGCGUAACCUGGGCAACACGUGCUACAUGAACUCCAUCCUGCAGGUGCUGAGCCACCUUCACAUCUUCAGGGAGUGUUUCCUCCGGCUGGACCUGACGCAGGCCCUGGAGCUGCUGGCCUCGGCCGUUCACGGCCAGCUGGUGGUUCCCAGCCCCGGGGGCCCUGUGUCGUCCUUCCCGCUGGCCCAGAGGAGAGGCCCCCAGGUGGGUGCUGGGCUAAGCGGGGGUGCCUCCAGGGCCCGGAGCAUGGAGCUGAUUCAGCCCAAGGAGCCCAGCUCCAAGCACAUCUCCCUGUGCCAUGAGCUGCACACACUCUUCCAGGUGAUGUGGUCGGGCAAGUGGGCGCUGGUGUCGCCCUUUGCCAUGCUGCACUCGGUGUGGCAGCUGAUCCCAGCCUUCAGGGGCUACGCCCAGCAGGAUGCCCAGGAGUUCCUGUGUGAGCUGCUUGACAAGGUGCAGCACGAGCUGGAGAGCACAGGGACUCACACGCCGCCCGCUGGUGUGUCAACCGGACAGAGACAUCUCAUCAAGCAGGUGCUCAGCAUAGUCAACACCAUCUUCCACGGUCAGCUCCUCAGCCAGGUGACGUGUCUAGCAUGUGACCACCGCUCCAACACGGUGGAACCCUUCUGGGACCUAUCGCUGGAGUUCCCUGAGCGUUACCACAGCAACAGCCGAGAGAGCGCAGCGCAGGUCUCAUGCCAGCUGACGGAGAUGCUGGCCAAGUUCACGGAGACCGAAGCCCUGGAAGGCAACAUCUACGCCUGCGACCAGUGCAACAGUAAGCGGCGGAGGUUCUCCUCCAAGCCUGUCAUCCUGACUGAAGCUCAGAAACAGCUGAUGGUUCACAAACUGCCUCAGGUCCUGCGCCUGCACCUCAAACGCUUCAGGUGGUCUGGGAGAAACCACAGGGAGAAGAUCGGGGUCCACGUCAGCUUUGACCAGCUCCUCAACAUGGAGCCAUACUGCUGCAGAGACCCCUCCCCCAAGGGCUCGCCAUACUCCAGUCCGGCCCCCGUCGGCUCCCCGACCCCCAAACACUUCCUGUACGAACUGUCCGCUGUGGUGAUGCAUCAUGGGAAGGGCUUUGGCUCUGGCCACUACACUGCCUACUGCUACAACAAAGAAGGAAGGUUCUGGGUCCACUGUAAUGACUCUAAGCUGAAUGUGUGUUCUGUGGAGGAGGUGUGUGGUGCCCAGGCCUACAUACUCUUCUACACACAGCGCUUCACUCAGGACAAAGACCGGCCGCUAUAGGACCAGGACCCACUGAGCCCCGCCCCAAACCCUCCUUUGUACCUCAGCAGUCCAGUGACGUGACAUCAUCAGCAUUACCACCACCACCAAAACAUCUCAACCCCCCUCUCUCUCACGCUCUUCCUUUGUGUUCAUUUUUAUCUCCUCUGGGGGGGAGGAAUGAUAAAAUUAUCAUUUAUUUUUCUAAAAGACACAAAGGACAGUCUUUUCUUAAAUUUAUUUUUGUCUUUGUGAAUCUCUUGUACAUGUUGUUUAUAUGGGUUUUAAAAGAAAAGGAAAACAUGUUUGAUAGUGUAAAGGUUUAUUUUAUCAAGAGUAUCAGCCAAGUUGUGCGUUGUAUUAUAGACACGCCUUUACAGGAGUAGAGACAGACUUUGGCCAGGUGUGACUGUGUAAUCUGUAGUUCAGAUUUAUUCAGGUGUCAACCUUCUGCUCUUCUGUGCUGUUUUUUCUUUUUCUCAAACAAUUUGAAUCAACUACAGUGUUUCUCACAGCCACUUUAGACAGUUGACUAAGGGAUGUCAGUCAAGUUAAAUUCUCAACUGGAAUGUAGACUGAAACAGAAUUCCCUCCAUAAAGUCUUUAGAGUUUAACCCCUUUAGUUUCGCCAGAGACGUAAGGGUAAGCGAGACACCUCCCUCGCUCCUAUUUUCUGAUUCAUAUAUAGUCAAUGAACUAAGCAGACCAGACCCAGCUGCUUAUGCAUUGGUGCCUAUGGGAGAGCCACCACUUAACGGUCAGGAAAUUGUUUAUAAUUGACUACUGACCUCACACCAAAGCACGAGGGAAAUGUUUAAAAAGUAUCUCAGCUUCCACAAAAACAAUUACAGAAUAUUUGCAAGAUAAAUUCUUUGAUUGGUUUUGUAAAAUCUAUUUUAUAACCAGUUUCCAGCUGAAUGCUGCCCUCUGUCUUCAGUGGUGCUGGUGUUUUUAGGCCUGUUGCCUCCUAACUUUUGGUUGGUAUCCCGACAGCAGUCAUAAUUGUCAUAGAAAAGUGCCCUUCGUUAUCAGAACAUAUCUAUUUUUGUAGUUCCUUUGCCAGAAGUGCAUUUGGUAUCAGUUCUUUGUAGCAGUCCUACCCAGGCCAGCAUUUAGAAUAUUGAAUGUAUUUUUGUAUACUCUGACAUCGAGGAUGUUUCACAGAAGUUGUUUAAAAACAGGGCCACUGACUGUUAGAGAUUUUGUAAUUGAUUCCUUCCCCCUCUAGUUGUUUGGAAUCACCAGCAGGUCUGACCCGUCUCUCCUGUGUGUGUGUGUAUACCAGCAUGUGUAAAACUAUACACAAUAUAGUUGGCUCUGUAUAAUGUAAGUAUAAAAUAGCCAGACUCGUGCAAGUAGAUCCUUGCUGUGUGUUUGAAACUGUGUGUGAGAGAUAUCUCCAUGCUGGUACUAGCUUAACUGCUCUCAACCUAAAUGCUGUUAAUCUCUAGAUUCACCUUUUGGGGAGAAUUCAAAGCACAUUUCCACCCGAUGUAUGUUUGCAUUGUGCUCAUACUGCCUCGGGUGUGUACACAUUUAUGGAAGUGAUACUAUGCAAAUUCUUACCUCAAUUUUUAGAGAAUUACCUCAUGAGAAUAUAUUUUCAUUUUUCUAAGAAAACACUAA